AUGGUGACGACCCUGCAACCUUCACAACAAAACACUGACAACACGACAACAAGUGACGACCCUGCAACCUUCACAACAACAGAGGGUAUUGCUGUUUCCUCAAACAUCGCCCUCGCCAACAUCAUGGCAAACCCUCUUUCUCCUCUUUCCUCCUCCUUCCAAAAUGCACGAGCUCAGUCCCCGCGAAUUGGCUCUUCACCUUUCCUCACAAAAACAAUGGACGAACAAUCCGAACAGCGCGUUCCCUCAAGUCCUUUGAAGAAGUCAUGGGCAGAACAUGAUUCGCCGGCCUCAAAUCACUUCGACACAAACGAAAACUUUAUGCCUAAUGAACAUUACGACGAAAACGAGCUGGAUGAGAUCAACGACGAGGGCGACUUCGAAGGAGCUGCUAGCUCACCAUUCCAAUAUGAUGAGAAUGAAGAGACAGUGGACUAUCAGAUGCAAGGAUACCAAAAUCAAACACCCACAAUGCUGCGAAGUCGAUUCGCGAUGGCACAAAUGGAGGACCCCAUGAGUUCCCCCUUCCGUCCCGACGCCAGAGAUGAGACAGUGGAUUUUCAGCGAUUGCGUGAGGUGCAGCCAUUAUCACCAGGAAUUAGCAAACGCUUGGCCGUUGAUAAUCCACUUAGCUCUCCGUUCCGUGCCGAGGUGCAGGAUGACAGCGAUGACUUCGAUGAUCUUCGUGAGAUGCAUAAUGGAUCGCCUGGUUUUGAUGAGCAGCCUGAGGAGCCGCAGAGCUCCCCAUUCAAACCCGAAUCAAGACAGUUCUCUGGUUUCAACCGCCAGCCUGAAGAUCCUCAGAGUUCUCCUUUGCGACCUGAAGCCCGUGAUUUUUCUGGCUUCGAUGAACAACCACAAGAACCCCAGAGCUCUCCCUUUCGCCCUGCGAUUAGGGAGAGGGAAGAGACAUUUGCUUUUCAAGAACUUGAGGAGCGCGAGUCAAAACGAGAGUCUGUUGGUAAACCCCGAUACGCUUCUCCCGUGGGUUGCGACUCGCCUAUCCAACCCGAGCCAAAGGAUACUACUCUCGACAUGCCAAAAUUGCGCUCUGUACCACGUGCAUCAUUAAGUGUACCAGAUGUCCAGCCAAAAGCUACUACGCCCCGCAAAAGGUCGUUUGAUCAGACUCCACAAGAUGACGAAACUGCACAAACCAACGAGCGAGCUAAGAAGGGUAUGGUCAGUCGCCAGGAGGCACCUGAAAUACACGUCGAUCUUGACGAGGAGUCGUCUAUCCUCCAUCACGACCAAAGCCUACUUUCAACUGCGAGUGCUGCUCAGGACCGAUCAAAUAUUGCAAACAGCAUGAUUGAAGACAAGCGCAACGAGGGCAUGAGCACCGUUUUACAUGAUAAUGAUGAAACCACGGAGAAAGAAAACUUCGACUACAAUGAUGAGAACAACAGAGCCUUGGAUGAAGAAGAAGAUGAUGCGAUGGAUGAAACAGGCCUCAGCGAAUUCUCCGUUCUGCCAGAUAUGACCUCCUUCGCGAAACUUCGUGCCGAAUCGCCCAUGAAAUCAAUGCGUGGUAGCGUCGGACCUAACCACGGGUUCGGCGCAGACAUGUACCGUCGCAGUAUGGAUCCAGCAACGCCCGGGACUGCGCGCAGAUCGCACAGGUCUGGUGCCAUUAACGAUUUUGACUCGCCCGCCGGAUCUCCCACUCCUAGACGCAGACCCUCUCGAGAUGUUGGCCACGCUACACAGCAGCCUCCUCGCUACUCUCCCCGACGAUCUCCUGUCCGCAACAUGAGGCAGUCCAUGCGGUCUCCCUCAAAGUUGUCUCUUCUGGAUUUCGAUAUUCCCCCCGCUCCCACUCCCCGUUCUAUUCCUACAGUCACUCCGCGUGAAUUAGAGUCACUGAAGUCUGGAUUCAUGUCAGAGAUUUCUUCCCUGAAAGCUACUUUAAGUGGCAAGGAAGCAGAGGUCGCUAGCUUGAAGACAGCCGUUGGUGAUGCAGAGAGACGUGUGGGUGAAGCUCUGGAAGAGAUUCGAAAUGAGGCCGCUCGUAGAGAAGCAAUGGAGAUGGAACAAGCUGAAUGGGACCGUCGUGGCAAGGACAUGGAGCGAGUUUUGCAGUCCGUUCGUGCUGAACUAGAAGAUGGUGAACGUGAGCGAGACCGUCUUACUCGUAAAGCUGAUGAGGCGGAGAGGAGUAAGGAGCAACUCGAAAGCCGAAUUGUUGAGCUUGAGACCCAGCUAUCUACCGCGCGCUCUUCUGCUUCAUCUCAAUCUGGUAGUGCACUAGGUUCCCGAAAAUCUUCACAAUCGGCUGAAGAUACUGCACGAGAGGUGCAAGACGCUGUCGAGAAGGUCGCUCGUGAACUUCACACACUUUACAAGAGCAAGCAUGAGACCAAGGUUGCAGCAUUGAAGAAGAGCUAUGAAUCUCGCUGGGAGAAGCGUCUUCGUGAGUCGGAGAACAAGCUGAAUGCCGCUCGUUCCGAAAAUGAACGACUCAAGGCUGAGUAUGAUGCUGCCAGCUCGGACUCUAUGGCUACUGCCAAUGCCAGCAUGAUCGCUCGGGAGAACGACGAGCACGAGGCCGAGAAGCGUGUCUUUGAGGCGCAGAUCAAGGGUCUUCAGCAGGAAAUGGCGGCCCUGAAGGAGGACAGUGAACGCCUACGAAGCGAUCUGAAAACCGAACGCGCUGAAAAGGGAGAGCUUGUUGCUGCCGUCGAUGAAUGGUUGGCCAUCCAGCAAGGACCUCCUGCUCCCGCUCAGCAAGAACGUCAGUCUUCUGUUGUUUCCGCUGUUUCUUCUGUUGGUGCUCCUGCGGAAGACUCCCAUGCAACCGAUGAGCCUCCUGCUGAACCCUUCCGUCGAAGUAUUAGUCGUCCAGGUUCUAGUGGCAUUCGUCCUCCUGCCACAGCUGAGAAGAAAAAUCGGUUUGGCGCCCCUGGUGGACAUUCUCGAGGUAACAGCGGUGGCAAAUCUGGAAUUGCCGUGUUCACACCUGGUGGUCGUGGUGGAAUCAUGAGCUCAAUUGAGCGGAUGGGACGUGGUGGUUCUUAA